GUGGUCAAAAUAUCCGCAUUUGCGGCUGGUAAGUGAAACUUGUCCUCUCUUUAUCGUUCCCAUGGUGUAUACCGGAUAACAGCCAAGAAAUACACCAAACUCAUUACAAGGAAGUUCUAGUGUUGGUGGAGGCAGUUUCCGUUAGUGUAUUAGCUGCAGACAGUGUCCAAAUCCAAAGAUGUCUACCGGAAAGAGUAAGAACCAGAGCUCUCUGGUGCUGCACAAGGUGAUCAUGGUGGGAAGUGGAGGUGUCGGGAAGUCAGCCCUCACUCUGCAGUUCAUGUAUGACGAGUUUGUGGAGGAUUACGAGCCCACCAAGGCAGACAGCUACAGGAAGAAGGUGGUUUUGGAUGGAGAGGAGGUCCAGAUCGACAUCCUGGACACAGCUGGACAGGAGGACUAUGCUGCCAUCAGAGACAACUACUUCCGGAGCGGAGAGGGCUUCCUGCUAGUCUUCUCCAUCACCGAACAUGAGUCAUUCACCUCCACCUCAGAGUUCCGGGAGCAGAUUAUGCGGGUGAAAGCAGAGAACGAUACCAUCCCUCUGUUGGUGGUGGGGAACAAGUCGGAUCUGGAGGACCGCAGGCAGGUGUCGUUGGAUGAGGUCCGGGCCAAGGCAGAGGAGUGGGGGGUGCAGUACGUGGAGACCUCAGCCAAGACACGAGCCAACGUCGACAAGGUGUUCUUUGAUCUUAUGAGGGAGGUGCGAAAAAAGAAAAUGUCAGAGAGCAAAGACAAGAGUGGAAAAGAAGGCAAGAUCAAGAAGGCUUUCAAAUGUUGUCUGCUUUGAUCUAGGCCAGACCUUUCAGACACACAGAGCCAAACCAGACCAGAGCCUCCGCAGCACAGUGGCAUUAGACAGGGACAUGUUCAUUAGGACAUACUGUAGCAAAAUGUUUUGAAACCUUUUGCAAUGGGGGGAAGAAAAAAAAGUGUGUUUCUUAUUGGACAAUAUAUUAUGUCUCCCUUUGGAGCAUUUUCUUCAGUUUCUUGCCUACUGAACACAACCCAGAUCUACAGAUCCUUCCCACUGAACUGAGCCUUCUGCCUUUAACACACGCAUAUCAAAUCCAUAUACAAUACCUCUCGCAUUGUGGCAGUCAGAGGGGUGGCCUUUAUCACUAACCUAUGUUAGUUAUGCAAACCAUCCUUUGUGCCACUGUUGGGGACGGGUCCAGAGGGGACUGUUUAGAUGAAGUGCCUCAACAUUGAUUGUGAAUAUAUAGGUUAUGAUCGCAGAUAAUCACUCACUCGCACACUACUUAAAUAUGGCCUUGGUUUGAUACUCACUUGUAGGAAUAAGUAGCCUCAUCACCAAGAUAAAUUGGCUAUGCUGUUUGAUGUCUUACUGUUUGCACUGCAAUCAAUUUUAUAUUCCUACUUCCACUACUACACUAUUUUUUUUGAAGUUUUUUUUAUUUAUGGUCCACUGCAUGAAAAUCAGUCAGAUUAUUAAAUCACCUUAUUCAUAAUCCAACAUAUUAUCCACAUGUACAAUCCAACAUGUACUAUAUCCACAUGAUAUAUAGAACCAGUCAAAAGUUUGGACACACCUACUCAUUCAAGGGUUUUUCUUUAUUUUUUUACUAUUUUCUACAUUGUAGAAUAAUAGUGAAGACAUCAAAACUAU